UAUUGCAUUGCUGACAGAACUGCCUCAGUCAACAAUGUCCUCUGACUCAGCGCAGGACAUCACCCCACAACUUGACCUCGGGGACACGUUUGGGGCACUUUUUAUCGCGGCUAUUAUUGCAGCACUUCUCUUUGGUGUGACAAAUGUUCAAGCUUUCGUGUACUUUCAGACACAUAGAGGCACAGGGACGACAUUCUAUAAGCUAGUCGUGAUUUUUCUUUGGACACUCGAUGCCCUGCACCUGGCCUUGAUCGUCCAUGGCAUCUAUUAUUAUCUGGUAAUCAACUACGCGAACAUCGCUGCGCUCCCAGAAAUUGAAUGGAGUUCCAAACUUCAGAUCCCAAUCGAUACGGUCAUCGUUUGGGGGGUCAAUUUCCUGUAUGUUCAACGCAUAUGGAUAGUCAACAGGGGUCGAUCAAGAACUCUCCCUAUAACAGUGGGCAUAAUCGUGGUCCUAGGUUUAGGUACUGCCAUCAAUUUCAAUUGGGCAGCAUAUCGGUGCCACACGUACGCGGAGUUAUUGAAAAUCGAGUGGGCGAACUACUUGAUGUUGGGCACAAUUACUUCUCUCGAUAUCCUUAUUGCAUCAUCGCUAUGCUAUCUCCUCACUACCUCUCGUACUGGGUUCACUAGCACCGAUUCCUUCGUAACGAGGCUCAUGAGUUACACCAUUAGUACCGGCUGUGUAACAAGUAUAUCUUCAUUGACAGCUAUCAUUACAUGCGCAGUGAUGCCGAAGAACUUCGUUUUCCUUGGUGUUGAAUUUUUGGUGGCGAAAAUAUACAUAAACUCGUACAUUGCACUUCUGAACGCACAAUACUACACACAGGCCGAGUCAGACAAUUUUCAUUGUUCCGAACUCCAUAUCUCCAACGGCGUUUACCGUCCGGAACUGUGUCUCAGUGCGUCGCAAAGCGAGACCUUCACUGCAUCCCGGAAGAAUGCAUUUAAACAUCCUAGCGAUGUGGUGCAUCCUGCUCGAUUCAAGCGGUCGAGUGUGGUAACGAUAGAAAUGGAUUCUUGCUCGACAGUGUGAUGGAUUAGCAUGCAUGGAUUUUUGUCUGCUUGUAUAACGAGAUUGGACUCGCAAUUUCUUCACGUUGCUUCAGCGUGUUAUCUGUUUACUAGCAACUGUCAUUUUUUUCAAACGUUCUGAGCUAUAGGGAGAACAGUCGUUCCUUGUAAUCGAGGUGCUGCACAUUCUUGUGUG